GUGCCGGUGCCACUGCCAUCCUUUCUUCUCUGUCACUUCAAAGUAUCUUGGGGAGCUUCAGUAUGAGCAGUCUGCUCAGAUUGCUUGAGCCUUCAAUCUCCGCCUCCAUCAUCACUGAAGGCUUUCCUUCUGCUCCGCCGACCCCUUUCUCUGCACGCUCCGCUCUUCUCUUUGCUGCAUCUAUUCCCACACAUCACCAAACAUGCGACUUCAGAAGGGUUCGGCUAAUCGGUCGCGGGUUCGACUCCGUUACCGCUCCUCAAGCAGGCAGCACAAUGACCGCCCAAGUGCAAGAGCAGGUGGAGGUUGAAGUUGCGGAGGGUUACACUGUCACUGAGUUUUGCGAUAAGAUGAUCGACUUGUUCUUGAACGAGAAGCCCAGGGUGAAAGAAUGGAAAAAGUACCUGGUGUUCAGAGAAGAGUGGAGAAAGUACAAGGAGAGCUUCUAUAGUCGAUGCCAUUCUCGUGCAAAUAGUGCAGGUGAUCCUGUCAUGAGUCAAAAACUGAUUUCCCUUCAGAGGAAGGUGAAGAAGAUUGAUGAUGAAAUGGAAGUCCAUGAUGAACUACUUAAAGAAAUACAGGACCAUCCAACAGAUAUUAAUGCAGUAGUUGCUCGCCGGCGCAAAGACUUCACUGGAGACUUCUUCAAUUACCUCUCUACACUUUCAGAAACACAUGACAGCUUGGAGGAUCGUGACGCAUUGGCGAGACUUGGAACUAGAUGUUUGUCUGCAGUCAGUGCUUACGAUAAUACUCUGGAGAUUGUGGACACACUGGAUACUGCCCAAGCCAAAUUCGAUGAGGUUCUCAACUCUCCCUCCAUUGAUGCAGCAUGUGAAAAGAUUAAAAGCCUUGCCAAGGCAAAGGAGCUUGACUCCUCAUUGAUCCUAUUGAUAAACAGUGCUUGGGCAUCUGCAAAGGAUUCAAAAACUAUGAAACAAGAGGUUAAAGAUAUAAUGUAUCGCAUAUACAUGGCAACCAAAAGCAGCCUUCGCAGCAUCGCGCCUAAAGAAAUAAAGUUGCUCAAGUAUCUGUUGAACAUCACGGACCCUGAGGAGCGAUUCUCUGCUCUUGCAACUGCAUUUUCUCCUGGUGAUGAGCGUGAAGCUAAGGACCCAAAAGCUUUGUACACGACUCCUAAGGAGCUUCACAAGUGGAUUAAGAUAAUGCUCGAUGCGUACCAUCUAAACAAGGAAGAUACUGAUAUCAGGGAAGCAAAACAGAUGACACAGCCCGUGGUUAUACAGAGGCUGUUCAUCCUCAAGGAGACGAUCGAAGAAGAAUAUCUGGAGAAGGACAAGCUUCUGACGCCCGAAGAAGCAGGAGGCAAAAAAUCCAAGUUCAUAUAGGUUUGUAUGGUUUUAAAAGUGUCUGAGACUUUUACGGAUAAUAUCCAUGGCAUCCCCCCAUAGACGAGUGCAGUCAUGGCUCCUCUAUGCGAUGAAGUAGGAGCUUUGAUAUCGAAGACUUCGUCAUUGAUCAUCAUUAAAACAAGAAGCCUCCUCGAUGUGACUCUCUUGCUUCCGGGACAACUUUCUCUAGUCAACGAUACAGACGAGGCCCAGCCUGUUGUUUGUAUAGGUACAUUUGGUGUAAUGAGAAGAAUUGCCGGCAGAGGAGACCUGCAUUUGCACGUUACUUGUUGAAGACACCAGCAAUUGGCUACAUUUGUCACUAGAAAGUGGAAACACAUUAUAAAGGUCGAUUGUAAGCAGCAACAUUGGCUGUAAGGUCCUUUAUAUGAUGAUCGGGAAUUGGCAGACUACGUCCGAGAAUUACCGGUUAGUACUUAUUCGUUAGAUGUGAAAACAGUUAAUGAUUAUGUAACACGUAUCGGUGAGAAUGCCUCGCUUGCAUCG